AUGCCUGCGACAAAUGACGAAUUGAUUGUUUAUACAAAUAGUCGAAAUGGUUUAGGAAUUAGAAUAAUUGGUGCAAAAAAACCCAUCAAACAAUCCGGAAUAUUCAUUAAACAAUUACUCGAAGAUGGCCUGGCACAGAGAGAUGGAAGAUUGAAAGUUAGUGAUCAAAUUAUUUCAAUCAAUGACGAAUCAUCUGUUGGUAUAACUCGUGAACAUGCUGUUGAUCUGUUACGUUCAGCUGCAGCAACAAAUCAAGUUCGUUUGUUAAUUCGACAUGGAAAUCAAUCUGAGUAUCUUAAAUUACUUUAUGAUGAAAAAUCAACUGAUGAUGAAACCUAUCAUCGCUAUUAUCAACAACAGCAACGGCACCACUAUCAUCACUACAGGAAUAACCGAAAUAAGCAUAUUAGUGAAGAACAACAAACACCACGGGGAACUCGUCGACACCAUCAACAGAAUCAUAACAGCAAACAUCUUGUCGAUCAAGAUUCAGAACUCGAACCAACUAAUUUAUCAGAAAAUGCACUGAAUUUUCUGUUAAAUUCAAGCUUUAAAAUAAAUGAUUUGAUUGAUUUACUAAAGAAAUCAUAUGAUAUUGAUCGUCAUCAAGAAAAAGAUUUAUUAUCUCAUUUUUCCUCAUUAAUGAUGUUAGAUGAUCGUAUUUCAUUACGAGAUUUUGAACGUCAAGCGAGUGUAAUUUUGAACGAGAACAUCAAUCUUUUACAACCAUUCUACUCUAGCUCGAAUAAUUCGACAUCCACAUCAUUAGUUCAAGAUUUUCGUUUUCAAAUUUCACAAUGUCCACAAACAAUUCAAGAUUUACAACAAAAAAUUCUUACUUGUGAACAAACACAACGUUUAUCACAAGAAAUUGAACUUGAAUAUGAAGAUUUAUUAAAAUAUCUUUACGAUCAAAUAAAACAAUAUAAACUAUCGGAAAUAAAAUAUGAUAAAAAAUUACAAAUUCAAAAUUCAUUUAUACAAAAACUAUUUUCCUACAUACCACAAAACUGUCAAGAUAUGCCACAAUUGAAAUAUGAAUAUCAACAAGUUAUAUUGCAACGAUCAUCCGUAAAACCUUUGUCAACGACGACGACGACAACUACACCAACUACUUCACCAAUACUUCAGAAACAAAGAUAUUCACAAUAUUAUCCAGGACGAGGAACAGAAAAGAUAUAA